AUGCCCAGCCCCACACUCGUACCAUCUUCCUGCGCGCACACCACCACCACCAUCACUGCCUCCUCUGUAGCUGACACCGACAACGCCGACUUCACCUGCCCACACUGUCCACGCACUUUCACCUCACGCAUCGGCCUGGUCGGUCACUUGCGAAUCCAUCACACAGAGACUGGAGAACCAGUGCCUGGAGCACCAACCUAUACCCAACAAGCUCGUCUCAACUGCCCACACUGUCCUCGCACCUUCAGGCAUUGCAUGGGUCUAUUCGGCCACAUGCGCAUCCACGACGACCUGCGGUAGGCAACCGCCGGUUACAUCACACCACAUUACCCUCCCGCCCAGCCUCCUCCACCACCACCCACCACACACCGACACUCACCCACCGCAUGAGCCCAACUGCUACCCUCCACGCAAGUGGGAAGUGUGCAUGUCGACUCGGUCCCCAUGCGGCUUCGGCUGCACGGGUGACUUGAGUCUGAGACUAUCCCGACACGUUAAGCGUCGCGGAUAGGAAGGUUGUUUAUUGACGCCCGCACCCGGUUCACGCGGUUAGUCGCGUUGUGCGUGUGUGUAUGUGUGUUGUGUGGAGUGGCGGACUGGUGGGCUGGGGACGGGCUGAAGCAGCACCUUCUAUGGCCCUCUCACGCCGUUCAACCCCCGUAGUGUGAAAUCCUGGUGUUCGUGUGUGUAUGGGGGGCCAGGUCGUGCACGUGGCGCACGCAGGCAUGAUUAGUCGACCGUGCCAGCCACUGCGCCCAUUUCCCACUCCAGUCUGCUGACCGGCUCGGACAUCGGCUGGGGUGUGGGAAUGGGAAGGGAGAGUGAGGUCGACGACAGCGCGCUUUCCUCACUAUAAACAAUCUGACGCGCUUAAAGUUAUCACGGUGCGCUAAAAGCCGUGGCUUGGAAGGUGGCCACCUGACGGGGUAACUUGAACCUCUUCAUUGGCUGGAGGUGGUCUGAGAGCCAGGCUGCAAUGGCUCCUUCUUAAUGUGGCCUUUAUGGCACUCCCACCACCGAGUGGGAUACGAGCCAUGCGUUGGCGGCACACCUAGUUGCGGUCUUGGCCGUGCCAGCCUUCAAUCUCUGUUGUGUUGGUUGAAAUCCUGGUCAUUUGUGUGUGGACCAGGGGAUGCGGAGUGGAGCGCCAAGGCGAGGACCCGUCCGAGCCAUCCACCUGCGGCCUCCCUAAUCUCCGAUAUUCUUGACUCUGUCUUGAGACCGGGCUCGGGCGAAAGAGGAGGAGAGAGUGUAUGUAGAUGCAGUGCAAGUCUACUGGCACUAUAAACCCCUGCGUAAGUCACCGUCCCUGCUCCCACCGUUGCAGCUGCAGCUGUGAGGCACACGGUGGACAUCAUCGAAAUCGAUGGUCGAACUGUCGGGUUACGGGCCAAGUCCUUUAUGGCCCUACUGACGUACCAUUCUGAUUAUAAAUGAUCUCCUAUAAAAUCAGUAUAAAACAUAAUCCUUUAUAGGGCUUACGGAACAAUUUUACAUCAAACAUGUGGUUAUACAAUGCAUAUGGAAUGAAAUCGGGAGGAAAUGUUCAUAAUGACAGCGGCAAAGUAGCAGUAAAAGCAUCUAGAGUAGAUAAAAAAAUUGUUACACCAAGUGCCCUAGAGGCACCGUUGUAGCGGCUGAGAAGGUCAAGCUUGGCAGAUACGAAGGUAGCGAAGCAUUGGGAAUAGAUCUUGGCGAAGACCGAGUCAAAUGGAGUUGUUAAUAUUUCACAAUAACCAUCCAUACGAAAGGAAAAAAAGGCGAACGAAAAUUUAGUUAUUUCGUUAGUUCAGUCGAACAUCUGUUCAUGGUGCAUGACGGAAGAUAAAUAUCUGAUGAAGAUACAAUCCCUUUGAUAAGGUGAAAAAAGACUAUUAUUACACCAUGCCCAAUAAAAAGGCUAGUUGCAUAUGCAUGUGAACGCUUUCGGAUGUCUUCAGUUCAUAAGGAGCAACCAGGAUUGUUAAAAUCUAUUCAUUAGGUGAUCUUACAAAAUAGAAGAUUGCUAACAAAGAUGUUUUUUCAGGAGCUAAUGACAAAAACUACGUCAUAUUUAUGGCUAAAGAAAUAAUGAGAAUGUCUAUGCGGCAAACUGGUUUUGUUAGAUAUAGUUUUGAAAGUAAGCAAACGAGAAACAAACUGCGUACCGCCAAAAUGUAGUAAGAAUCCAUUCGGAAACGGUGUGCUCUACGAUGCUGAGGUCUGGAUCCUAAUGAGGUCCUGGGGGCAAAUACUUGCAUGCUUAUGAAAAGACUUUAGAAACAAGGCACCACUAAGUACAUAUAGUUUGAAUUAGGUAUUUCCUGUCGGGCGAACUCUUCCUUGCCCCUAUUUAGAUGAUCACAACUCCUGUAUGAUGUGUUAAACGGUGAUCGGAUUGGGUGUACGAGUUCAGGCGUUUUCUCGUUGCAUUUUCACUAACUACUUACCCGGAAUAGCGCAAAGGAGCUGCCUUCUGUCUCCUUAAAAUAAAGGUCUUUAGUUUAAACUCAAACUGUGCACUUUUUACAAGACUUCGGUUGAUCUAAUGCGGGGUCUAGCGGACUAUGCUGAACAAAACGUAUAGAGGCAAAGGAACCAGGACUCCAGCAGACCAGCGCAUACUUCGCGCAACGCAUGCCACUAGUCCGUAAAUUGAAAUGAGAAAAACCUGAGGGUGUUAAGGAAUUUUUUACAAAAUUUUGCUUAUAUAGCCAAAUAUGAAAAUUCCCCCUUGAAAAGUUUUCCAAAGCUCAGCUUAGAUAAACUUCAAAUUUUGCACCUAUUGCUUCCUUUUUCCCCUUUGAGUAUUGCCAUGACGCAAGCAAAACUGCUGCGGUUCGUUCUCCAGCCUUGCAAGCGCCAGCCUACGUAUAUUCCAUUUAAAUCACUGCACUUCCCCCUCAAUUAUUUUACUUCGACUUCAUAACUUGUCUUUCAAUUUAGUCGUUAGUUUUUGGUGCCUAACUUGCCUUUUCGAUUAGUGCUUGGCUAAAUUAUCAUCAGUUACUUACAAACUUUCGUUCCACGGCAUUUAGCCUUCUUUGCGGACCAACUCGACACUACAUACCGUCUCUUUCACACUUUUUCGAACUACCAGAGUAAUAAGCAUUCUAUUCUUUUGCCUGUGAUCACUAUUCCCGCAAAUUUUAAUAGCAAAUGCCAUUGCAAUCAGAGGUUGGCGAAAUCCAGAGUAACCCUUUAUUUACCGAAACGGUUAUCAUUGGACGAUGAGGCUGGCUUGUGAAGAAACAAGUAACGCAGAAAUUGUCGAACGACAUACACAUACAUGUAUGCAUGUACCUAUAUAUUCUUUGUUCCCUUAGGCUACAUUGCAGCAUAAUUCCUUAUGGUAAUAAUACCAAGAAUUGUAAUGCGUUUGCGCAUACACUUAUAAACCAGACGGUAUUUCGGACAGAAAAUUCUCGAUACACUGAACAUUUUCUUAAACAUCAUGACCCCACGUGAAAGUCGUACCAAGCCACAAACUACGCAUAAAUACCAACGCUCAAAAUGUUUCUAGUCGUCUGUACGCGGCAGCAGUCACGAACCUCCAAAUUUGUUUGCCGAUUUUCAACUAAAAUCUUUUAAAACCCAGGUUUUUCGCCCUCACCUUCUAUUCGAGCCCACAUAUUCACACGCAUUGUCAUCUACAUUCCGGUACACCGCUUCUGUAUGCCUGAUCAUUUGGCUAGACUUGCCCUUCUUGUCGGAAUUUUACAUUUUCGCCGCGAUUUAUGGUUGGUGUUAAGUCUCCGGUUUCCGGACUUUUACGGGGGGCUUUAGCAUCUAACCUCAUUUACUACACUUGAAGCCAUAAACUGUCAAAUACUGCCAUAAUAAUAAUAAUAAUAUUAUUAUUAUUAUUAUUUAACGCCAGUUUACAAGCAUUGCCAGGGAAAUAUAAAACCGGCCAACAGUGAAGAAAAACUCCUGACAAAAAAAAGAUGCUGAUGGUUUUUUAUAGUCUUAAGGGUUCAGGAGAGAAAAUGCAGUCAUGAACUGACGACAUUUGAAGUAUGAUACAUCAAGAUUCUUAAUAACUUCAAGCAAAUUUGUGUCGCGACCGCCAAUACUUAUUUGAGGCUGGUAGUAGUCGCCAGCCGUCAUGAAUGGGCAUUUAUGCCAAGAAAGAGAAAGGCGCCGUGUGCAGCACCACCGGGCGAAAGCCUGUAGAUCGCUUUUUAGAAGGCCGAGCACGAUGCCCCGAUCUGCCGGCUUAUAUCUAUAUGCAGCUUUCAGAUCAUCGGAGUGCAUGAAGCGCUUACCAUUCUGAAAUGAAUCUGGUACAUCGAUAACGAAAAGGCAAAAUAAUGGCCAGCCAAGUACACUCCCCUGAAUGGCUCAAAUUCCCAGAGAGCCUGUGCUGCCAAACAUGGCCAAUUAAUAAACGGAAGGCGUCGAGAUUAGGACCUUUAAAACUCUGAGACGGAUCUCGCCAGAUAAAGUGUGCCCUUUAACAGCAGAUAACGAGGUUUUUGUUUGGAUGGUGUUGCAGUUUAUGACGCCAACUUCGUGAGAUUAGGCUAAUAUCACGUCCUGCGGAAAUUUGGUGUUCCUUUAAAAAAGCAUUAUUCAAGUAGCCAUCAGCAUCGUGUUGUUAAGAAUGUUUUAAAAUCUUUCACAUUGUUUGCUGUCCGACAAAUGUUAUCGUCUCACGGCCGUUUGUUUAUACACAUCAGUUCGCACUUGGUAAUACGUUGGUCAAGAGGUUCGCUCCCGAUUCUGUUUCCCUCGACAAUUGGUCGCUUGUUGACUUGGCAUCGGCUGUCGGACUGCCCUUUUAGUUGCUUGGCAUAAGCCAUUAAAUCUGAUUGAAGAGUAGAUGAGAUGUCAGAAACAGCAGUUAUCUCCCAAAAAAUGUUUGUGCGCUGCUCGCAGUCCGAGUUAAAAUUUGAUACUCUUGGUUCCGCACUAACUAACACAAAUUUCGAGAACAGAACCAGUGGUUCAGGCUUGUCAUCACUUGCCCAACAAUUUCGCGAAAAUUGGUUGAGGUGUUCACCUAAUUUUAGAGAGACUGAUGAUUCUCUCACCAAUCUUACUUGGCUUUUUGUAAGUUACUUUUAGAAUUACGAACUUCUCUAGGAGAUGAGUCCGUUUUCCCUCGAUUCUGAUGAGGUCCCCGUCAGUUCAAUCAACGGACCUCGCGCAACAGGUAAGAUCGGUAAAACCCUCUCUUACCGCUUUAGCAUUUUCGGGCUCGAACAUAUCUUGGCAACCCACGCAUCCGUUUGCCGGCAGUUUGCUCGAUCCACAGGUCCGGAUGGAUUAUCGAACUAAAUGGACUGGAAAGCCACCCUUUUCCUACGCAUCUCUCAUUUGUCUUGCUAUGAGAGAGAUUGGGAAGCCAAAGGUCACUUUGUCCGACAUUUACGGUUGGAUUAUGGCUAAUUUUGCAUAUUAUCGACACACUGACUCGAGUUGGCAAGUAAGUGCUGCUUCAAAGUUUGUUGAUCCUUUACCCCUUCGUUUUAUAUUAUAAAACUUUCUCGCUUGGUAGAGCUGAUGGAUUUACAUGUUGUGAACCUUUUAACCUCUAUAUCAUUAACGUAGUAUUUAAUUUCAGUUUUUAUGCCGCCAAAAAUUUAGAGGCCCGUGGUGUUUCUGCGUCUUCGCUUUAUUUUGCUUUGUUGGGUGUUUUGUUGUUGACAUCAGAUGUAACCGCAAAUUCCGACCGUACAGGGUGCGUAAUUCUGGCAGUACACAAACAUUUUUGCCAGUGGUCUGGAAAUUAUUCGGAAAACUUUCAUAAAAUGACUGCUGCUCUCAGGCAUUGUUCAAGAGUUAUUUGAGUAAGCUUCUACCUAACACAGGCUGUAUUCGUCUGGAAAAUUGGCCUGUCGAAAUUUCUCUCAUAUUUAUUUGGUAGCAAAGAUUGUCCUUGGGAUGUUGUUUUCCGGAAAAUUCAAUGGUCUCCAAAGUUCACCUGUUCUGUUUUCCACAUUUGGAUGGUGGUUAAGUUUCCAUAGGUGUCUUUAAGCUGACGUUCGAUCGCUUUCAAGAACUCCCUUUUUACUUUAUUAUAUCGCCAUCAUAACUUUCAUGUUCUCUUAUUACUUCUCUGCCACCUUAUUCUUUCCAUAUUACUCUUGCCUUAUCACUAAAACUUGCUUAGAAAUUUCGCUUUUGCCUCUUCGAUAUACCAGUAGAUGUUUUGGUCCAAAUGUGAUUAAACUCGGGUUUCCCGAUGGGGCCUCGUAACUCAGUUAGCUGGGGCGUUGGUUGUAUUAAAGCCUCCCCUUACUGUCGUGGGUUCGGAUCCCACCGAGACGCCGAAUUUUUCACAGUUAGGUCAGAAUGAAUCUUUGAUAUGCAUGUUUACAUAUAUUUAUAUAGUUUCUUGGUCUUCGUUUAUUUCCUUAAAAGGUGUCUAACACAAUUAACUUAGCCUUUUUCCCCUUUCCUUUUUUCCUGUCAGUACACCUCUAUUUCAUCACUAGUAUUGCUACUUUAAUUCGGGUUUAGUCGGCAGAAAACUAUUUACGAUUCUUCUUUAUUUUAAAUACUCCGUUAGCAUACUCAAAUCCAAGUUUUACGAUACGCUUCUCCCAACAUCUUUUGACACACACAUAUUUUGUGUUUUCAUGUGCUUUGGGAUCAGUAUUUGUCCUCACGCCUUAUUGUUAUUUUGUGAUUUAUUUUUUCUGGAAAGCCUUCUUCCAGAUUUACUAGCGUAUAACACCGCUGACCUAAUUUUAGUAGGAUUCAAAGUAUCGUGAGCAAAUUUAAUGUUUGACUUGGUCAUGUGAAUCAAACUAUCUCUAUAAAGUGCCAAUUAGGUUGAUCAAGGAGCUAACGUGGCAACCCAUCGUUUGCUCAUGUCUCAGCUACUUGAGGACACCGGGGUUCCCGAGGGCUUAGUUAAUUGUGCUCUUAAUGUAACUCGUUGACGCUUUCUCUUCAGUGUGAUCAUGAGAUUGUCUCAUUUCAUGGAGGCGAUUUUUUCCUGAAAAAGAUAGCAUAAUGAAUUUUACUCACAAAGGAAUACCCAUGCUCCAUUUACCAGUUUUUUCUCUUGUACUGCAUUAAAUAGUCGUCGCGCCUCGAAUCCAUGACAUGCCUUAGCGUAUUAUGGGUGUUGUUUUUUGUGCAGUUUGCUAUCUAUAUAAUCAUCUUUCCAGCCUCAGCUCGUUGUAACCUGUUAAGGACUUGGCACUGGAUCUAGAAAUUUGGCGCAACCGCUUAUCCGAUCGGUAGUAAGCAGAGUAGUUGUUCGACUUGACAAUACGCAUCACCUCAAAGUCACAUUUGACCUUUCCGAAACAAUCCUUCAGUGACAUCUGAAGGACAGGUGAAUGUGCUCUUAAAUGGAAGAACCUAAUGAGGCAUUUCUUUUAAGUCGACCACAAUGCAUGACCUCCUGCUUGAAGCAAUAAAAUUUAACGUGAUAUGAUUCCUCCAAGUUUUCGAACUACGCGGUCUUCUCAGAUAGUUCUCCGUUUAUGCAUUCCAAAUAAAAGCAUUUUAUGUUAAAAACCUUUGUCUAAUUUUCUAUAUUUGCUACUUAUUUGAGUCCAUGGAACUCUUCGGUCUAUUAGUUCAAGAAAUCUCAAACCACUUAAAUUAUGGGUAUACUGGGCCCCGAAAACUUUUGUUUUUAUAUCAGAAGAAACCAACAGCGCAUAAAUCUAAGAAGCUUAGCUGAUCUUUUCCUCUCUCCGAUUAUUUUGUUAAAUUUCUUCAAUGUUUUGGGUCACCGUAUUCAUUGUGUCCGUUCAAAAAUCACGACAAGUAUUUGCUCCAUAUGUCUGUCUGCAAGAGGGAAUUUUUUCAGGACAUUUUUAUGUAGACUACGUCAUACCAGCCUCAAGUACACUUUAGUAUGUAACGGCAACGUUUGCAGAUCGGGCUUCGUGCAGAGCACAUUUUAAGCCUUCUUCGUUGCCCUGGACCUUCUGCUCUGAGGUCUCGCAGUCAUAAUCGCCUGAAUUACAACACCGUUUUAAUUCUCGACAGUUUUGGAUAACAUUUUGCUGCUUGUACGUACUUUUUCCGCUAAAAAGCAUUAAAAAAUAUUCGGCUCAUUUCCCAAGGUUCAAUUUUAUCGUAGUCAUAAUUAAAAUACUCUUGUCCCAAGGUAAGUGCAUCUUAAAAGGCAAACUAAUCAGAAUUUGGGCGUAAUUUGCGCUUCAGUCAGUGGUUUCGAAUUCGAGCAGAACGCUUUAUUUUUUGAAAUAAAAUAUGGUCUAGAUCUUUUAAUUGUAGAAGUUGUUAUUCAAGCUCUGUAUACCGUAAAUGUCCCUUAACUUGUUUAUUUAUCUAUUCUCAGGCUAGAUAACUUCAAAAUGUGCUGUUCUUACGUGAUUUUUAUAGCAAAUCAGCCCGUAACUUUGUGUUUUUUUUAAUGUAAAUGCCAGUAGUUUUGCUGUCAGAGUUCUGAAUUUAUAAGCACCUAAAGAAGUGCAAGAGUCAGACUUUCUCACGAAUUGUCCAAGCUGUGUUGUUAAAUGUGUCCUGGAACCGGUCUUCCGGGACCUAAUUGUCUUUUCCAGUAGGGUUUAAAAGCAGUACAGUGUCUGCUUAUAAACCGCUUCUUUUAUUAUACUUUUCAUCUCCGUAAAUUAUUUUCCAGAUUUUAUAGACGAAUUUAACGAUUAUCGCCCCCCAUUUCCACCACCGUCUUGCCCUUUUAAAAGAAAUUGGAGCUCCUAAAUUGCUGUUUAUGUGGUUGCCGUGACGAAUUUUAGAAUCACCUUUCUGAUAUUUUUUAAAUGAACACUUUUUCCCAUAAAAUAAACAGAAUGAUUGUUCAGGCGCAGGUAAUCGUCUUUGAGGUGCUGUUGAUAAAAUAUUGAUCCAACGGCGAAAAUAAUAGUGCGAUUUGACAAAAGGGAAAAUUUUGGUCUAGCGCUCUAGCCGCACAUGGACAGAACAUCGUUUAGUGUCUAUUUGAACGCCCUCUUACCGACUGCAUUUAGAAUCGUUUUAGCUACCACGCCUUCAUUAAGCAGCUUCCUUCUGAUCAUUUAUGCGUAUUAAAAAGUAGACCAUCAUCCUGAAUAUUUACUCAAUAAAAAUCGCUUUUGCUGUUGCAGAACUCUGUGCGUCACAAUCUGUCCUUGAACAAGUGCUUCGAAAAAGUACCCCGGGAGAAGGGGGAACGAGGUAAAGGUGGAUUUUGGCGUGUCAACCCACGUCAUGCUGACUGGCUAGAAGCGAACUUGGCUAAGUGUCGUCGGGCAGCACCCCCACCAGCACCGCCCCCGCCGGUUCCUAGAUCCCUUAUCCUUGAGAAACAGAAUGGCGGCUAUCAGAGUUUGAACCUCUCCAGUGGUCUCACCACCGUGGACUACCAAAGUUAUUGUCGACCGCCAUUCUCCGCCGUCUCCGCAACCUCCACCACCCUUAGUAACUCAGCUUCAGUGCCCUCACCCUUCUCGCCCCAUUCAUUGAGCUCCUCCUCCUCAUCGUCAUCUUCACGAUCACCAAAUUCGUUUUCCUCUUCCACCUCAUCAUCCUCUCCGUUUUCCACAGCUACAGGCCAAGCAACAUCCCUUGGGCAGGCUAACUCUUAUCCCUCCGGCCAGUUCUUGCCGUUUAAUAAGACCUACAAUGCUGUUGUUGCCUCCUCCUCCUCGUCACCCUGUUCAACUUUUGGAUGGACGAGUAAUGUCAUGGUUGCCAGCGCAGCGGAAGCCAAUAUGAGCCAGUGUGCGAUGACAGUGAACACCCUGAAGAGUAGCCCGAGUUUAAAGAGGUCGGUGAGCUACUAUGAGUCGCUAGCUCCUACACAAUCUGUGCGACGUAGGAAGACGCCACCUUGCUCUAUGGGAACCCCGCUCUAUCAGCCGAAAUCUCCUAAUUUCCUGUUGGGCAUAGAGGAGGAAGAGGAGGACGAGUCCGGCACAUCAGUAGCGUUGGAGGGGACUAAUAAACAACUUGGGAACCGCGCUCGUUCUCCAGUCUACAAGGACCGGUUGCCAGCUUACUCUGCCUUCUCAAAUCGGAAGAGACUGGCCCUUUCUUCCAGACGGCCUACCCUGAUCUCCCCUAACGGUUCCAACCUCGGCAUUGACUUGCAUUCAAAGGGAAGGCUCGGAAAGACCGAGGAAGAGGAACCCAGAUAUCACGAUUAUACGAGGUCCUCGAAACACCAUAUCAGGUCAGACAGCUACUCAGAGGAGACCUUUAUGACCCGGCUUACUGCUGACGACUACAAGGAUCGCACGAAGAGCGGCUGCAGACUCGUAAAGUCCGCCUCGGGAAGAAAGCUUACGCAACCCGUCUUUUCUCGCCCCAAAUCCGCUUCUGCCUCCAUGCUUCAGGUACGUAUUUUUGGCUACCUGUUAAUAUUUCCUCUUGUUUUUUUGUAGCCAUAUUGAUGGGUCUGUACCUGAGUAGUCUGUUACAUUUUGUUUAAACACGAUAGCCGAAGGGGGAUAAGUCCGAUAGGCUAUAGGCAUAGGGUGUAUAACUGAAUCUCUCUUUGUGCUCUUGGGCAUACGUAAGCCUCUUAUUUGAAACAACUUUUGUCUCGGAAUAUGUCCGUUUCUCAACCUAACAUGUGUAAAAGCGGCAUUCGUUUGAGAGCAGGUGGAAAGAAUUCACUCGCAAAAAAGGAGAAAUUUGUGGGGAUAAGAAGCAACUUUGGAGAUUUUUAAUAGCAUGCGGCAAAAAACGACGGCUUCAUGACAGGUAUCACUGUAUACGAUGACUGAACCUUGACAAUGGACGGUUUAGCGAGGCCUUGCGUAGUUUGACUUGCGAAGCAUCUAUUUCUCUAUGGUUAGUUUGAAGUAGAAUCCCUUGAAAUCAAACCCUAGACCGCAGUGUAUCGAGUGAGCGCUGCAAUCCUCAAAACCUCGCCAACGUCAUUGUUGAUUGCUGCUCAUUAUGCUUGCAGGAACGGUACCAGCAUAACCAACGCCCAAUGAUGCUAUCCCUCAUUAACUUGUUCAUUUCUAAACUGUGCAUUUCCUCCUAGGUCUUGAGUCAUUUAAGCCUUAUCCGUACAACCACAUGUGUCACUAGGAUUAGAUUUUGUGCCAUAUAAAUAGAGGCAGAUCCCAUUUUUUCAACCAGUUGAGUUCUAAAGAAAAUUCAUAUUGACCCAACUGUGAAUAACUCUGUGCCCCGGUGGGAUUCGAACCCACGACAGCGAAGGGAGGCUUUAGUACAGCCAACGCUCUAGCCACCGGAGCUACGAGGCCCCACCGGACGACACGAAUUAAAUCAUAUUUGCCACAUGAACUUACCAUGUCUUAUUUUUCCGCGGCUAUAAGGCGUACGCUGCCGCCAAGAAAAUAAGUAAAGGGUAAGAUGUGGUUUGCAGCCGUAGCUGAUGGACACAAUACUGUUAGGGGUCAGGAUUAGGGUUAGGGCAACUAUUUCUCAAUCACUCAACGUACAACCGCGCAUUCUCAACAGCUUUCCUUUUGCAUAUAAUCACUUGACUUCGUCGCCUGCACGUUUCGCGACCCCACCUGUAAAAACCCCUAUCACCACCGGUCCCGUAGUACAGGUGGUUGGGGUUUGUUUACCACAUCUGGCCAAGAAGUAAAGUGAGCAUAAUUACAAAUGUAUCAUUUUCGGGAUAGAUAACCAAAGGUCGAUUGAAUCACUGCAGUCCAAGGAAGUGGAUAGGGGCGAACCUGUUGUCGAGGUCAACAACCAAAUGCAGACGUUUGCGCAGCGAAAUUACUUUGCAACCAUUUGACCAUCGCUUUCAAAAUGGAGGGUGUGGUUAUGUUUCCACGCCCGCACCAAGGCAGCUGCGCUGUGCCUACAAGUUACAUACAGACGCCUACUAAUCAGGCCAGAAAAUCACUACUUUUGGGCAUACGUGUGCCUCAUAUUUGCAACAGCUUUCGGCACUCGCUUUGCCUCCACGCCACAAUCAGCACGAUAAGAAGGACCGGCCAACCGCGGUUUCAAAUCGAUAAGGCUUUGUUCCCACGCUUCACGCGGUUUCGGCUACGAGUGCGCGGCCCAGGACUUUUUGGGGGGCACCACCCAGUCAAAGGAGUGCGGAGCUAUCGAUUCUCGCCUCAGCGAUUGCGCCUUACGGACAUUAAAUCACCCCAUACUGUUUGACACCCUGGCUACCAUAGCAUUGUAGCCCGUUUCAGGGCCUUCGUAGCUGGAGUCACAAACAUUAUUCCACUAUUUUUUUCACCAAAGUAGGGCAAGCUACAUCUAGUAUAAGUGACCCCGAUAAAUGUAUGUCUUUUGGCAGGAAAUUUUCUGUUCCCAUUAAUGGCUGGAAGGUGACUGUUUUAGGUCAUUUCUAUAAGUGGGCUAAAGAGACAUAGCCCACGAUCAUAGUCCAGAAGGCAGUCCGACAGUCACAAGUGGCUAGCUCCACCCUUGUACCUAGAGCGUGGCUAUGACUUCUGUAUAAAUUCGCUUAUGUUUGAACAGACUUGCUUACAAUCUGUCUCAUUCACUGCUUCAAUACUCGCCGUGGGCAAUAACAGUACAGUCAGAAUAACUGGAGGCUGACACAGGCUCAUUGGCUGGUUAGAUCAGACGACCAGUCUACGCGUGCCGCAUACGACCUGGCCUCUAAGGCCACGCGGAUUAGGAUAGCCUGUACGCCAAAGGUAACAAAAUAACGCAUAAAUUAACGCUAAAUCGUAAAUUUCACCCCUGGAGGUAGCAUUUGCAGCCCUACUCUUAGUCAUGAACCACAGCUAGCUAUCCCACCAGUUGGCAACUUUCGAAGUCACGUUUUAGCGAGUCGAGAUAGUUUCAAGCCCAUCAGAUCUAGACAGUAUGGUAUUACCGACAAGGACAAGGGAGGCUGGAAUGGCCAUUUCUGGCUUAUUAGCCGUCAUGCCGAACCUCGAAGUGUGGAACACCCGAGGCUCGAACUCGCGACCUGCUAGUUCGAAAUCCACGCCUCUAACCACUGGGCUACGAGCCCGUUGCCCUGUCGGUUUCGAUCGUGAAUAUAAUCUGUUUUAAUAAGGAAGGAUAACUCACUGUGCACCUCACUCUUCCUUCCAUCUUCCAUGCAUCAGUCGCCUGUGCGAGCCUGUCGGCCAAGUCAUGCAAUUAAGUUCGCUGGUUUAUGUGGCGUAAGCCCCCGCCCAACAUAUCUCACACGUACGUAUGGAAGAAUUUGAACCCAUGCAAAUUCAGCACACCCCGUCUAACAUGACUGAACCAAUGUGCUUUUGCCUACUAUAACCGAAAAAUAGAAACAAUCAUUAGGUGUUGUUCUAGGAUGGCCAGGUUUACUUAUUUACCAGAUGACCGACAUCUCGUCUUCCUUCAUGUACGACUAGAAUACUACUUCCUACUGAAAUGCUAACCGAACACUGUAAUGUCCGUGGCCCCAACAUAAGGCAUGAUAAAUAGAAUCCUCGGCGCAGCAGCUGCAAAACGUGGUUUCACGUAUGCUUCUCUCAACUGCCGCCUGUAUCGUUCCUCCGUUUAUCAAGACUCCACUCCUGGACCUCUUUCACCUAUCCGACGUCCAUCUGGAAUACCCUCACCCAAUGAGUAGUUUUCGGUCCAAUAACGAAAAAAACACUUUAGCCAACCCCAAUUUCAUGGGACAUGGGACACCUCUUCAUACAACUUUACUUUGUCAACCGAAACCUCCCACUCGCCGCCAAAACAGCAAAUGCUCUGAUGAAGAUGGCGAUUGUUCAACACGACGGGCACGUUGUCGGAUCAGUUGUUUUCGUUCAACUGGGAAUACACCAGUGCGAAACUUGGCGGCGUAAAGAACAAUGUCAUCUUUAGAACAAUAGUCUUCUAUACCUGUUGAACACUUCCUGACACUAUUCCUUGUGUCAGUUUUACUGCGUGAGGGCUCUACUGGAAGAAGAUAUCCUACAGUUUUUGGGCUAGUCGCUAAAAAACAUUGCGAAAGGAGAUGCCAAGACAGUCGCCACUACGGCUUGCCCGAUUUCAAGAAGUGGCGCGGGUCCCAUUACAGCAGAAGUACAUGUGGAAUAAGUUCGCUUCCAACUUUCAUGGAAUCCACGUGUACAGACAAAUCCGAAAGUAUUUGCCAUUGUUAAAGGCGUCCUUAAAAGGGGUGCAAAUACUCUCCGUGACAUAGCCCCUAGAAGCGGUCCGCGGGAAGUGCAGGUCAUUUGAAAACACCCUUGGCGACCGCAUCGCACAAGCGUAGUCUAAGCCGUCCCAUUUUGUAAAACGACCACCUUAAAACGCAUGUCUUGAAGGAUUACUGGGCAGCCCUUGUGACCUGAUGAUCAUUGUCACUUACAAGUUGGUGUAGCGCUUUUCUGCCUCAAGAAUGAAGUAACGCUACAGGAAAUGGGUGUGUAAACUUACGUCCCGCCGGGUUAGCUUAGUUGUGACGACACUGUUGGAAGGUCGGUGUUUUCACCUCUGGCCUUGGUUUUAGAGGACGUCGAGCAGAUGGAGCGGGCUCACCAGUGAGGUUGCGAUGAACUGCGCAAAAGUAUAACUUGCAGAAGAACAGCAUGUUUCUGCUCAGUUUUUGCGUUCACUAACUACAUCGAAUGUCCCUGCCAUUGUUUGCAUCUUGGGGUCUCCACUCCUGCACAUGUGAACGAGCCACCGUGCUCUGUUUGUUGUUCGAGGAAGUCUCAGUGACCGAAAGGUUGAUCGCUUCAGUCUUGCGGAGGGUUUGCGGAUGAUUCCACCCCAUGGUUAAUGGUUCGGCGACUGAUAUUAUGUCUUCCUGUACAAGAAAGACAUGAAUUGUGCAUGUCCUCGGCAGAAAAGCAUUGCGAUAGUUUUUCCAGUCUGCGUCGGGGGUGUAAUGGAGGCGAGAACGACCCCUUAGUAUGUGUUCAUUGGCCACCGCCUAAAGGCCGCAUUUCCUGCAAAUUUUCUCCUUAACGUGGCCAACCUUCUUUUGACACUCGAAAAGCUCCGGAUAGUGGCCGCUUCAUGAUCGUCUUAGGACCACUUCCUCGACUAUUGUGGGAAUCUCCUCUGUUUCCCCCCCUUUAGUGCUUCUCCCAGUUCAUCAACAGACCUCCUUCUAGGUGCAACAGCAUAUCGUGUUGACUGGGGUGCUCUUCGCAUAGGCGUCCUGCCAGGAACAUACUUUUGAUUCCUAACUUCUUUUGACUGAGAGCUUUCGACUUUGCUAAGGGGGUUUGCUUUUUUGUCACUUAACCCACUGCGAUCUGGUUACUAUGUUGGAACACGACCUCUCCCCCACCCCUCGGCGUUUCCGUUGAUGUAGGUAUUCGAAAGCUUGCACUUGGCAUCGGUUCACACUCGGUCCGGGCAUAGGCUUCUCAGCGUUGGAGAGAUCUGCUAUCUGGUAAUUACGAAAACCCACAAGCUCUGCAGGUCCUUUGGCGAUUCCCAAAGCCCCUUCUCCAUUGCCCACGAUUUUGCCUGUUAUGAGGAGGACUAAUGACCUGGGGGGAGACCGAAUGCUUUCACGGCAUCGGAGUUUCUUGCGUGUUCGGCAUUGAUCAGAACGACAGCACCCGCCUUGGCAAAAUCGUCCGUAAAGUCAUAAUGUCCCAAUUUUAUUCCUGAUUUUCAGCCGAAGAGCACUUACGUUUGUUAGCAUUAUAGAUAAUAAAGCUACCGGUUUGUAGACAGGGAGAGGAGUUUGUUGGAAGAUUGCGGGGCAUAGUCGUCGGAAGGUCCUGACUAUUUUUCUUUUCUUUGUGCUUGAUUGAUACUGGAGCGCUAGUUUCAAACUAGUUUUCAAGCUCAUUGACCCCCAGUUGACGUUCUAGGACCGCAGUGAAAGAGUGAUCUACAUCAAAAGAAUCAUCGCCUUUGGACCGUCCUAACCAAGUCGGAAGCAAUGGUUUUGUACAUCACCUUUUGCCGGAGAUCGGCACGGGAAAUUGCUAUUGCCGUUUCAGGAGCCGUCUCUAUUUGACCGUAGUAUUGUGCCGACCUGGUAAUGAUAACUGCUCUCCAUCUCAAGGGUCUUUUCGUUGGUUCUCACUGAAAGUUGUUCUUGCCUUGUGCAUAACAGUAGUCAGAAUUUCAAAGAUCAAAACACGACUGAAUGUCCAGAUAAAAUCUAACAGUACUAGGCUGUGAUCCUCUUUACCCCUUAUGGGAGUAAUUUCAGCAGUUAGGUUCACUGUUAAUCCGAUGGAAAUAUCUUUUUUGAGAUGUUGGUGGUGGCGACGUCGUCUGUCCACUAAGCAACUGCAAUGGCCUAUAGUGUUUGCGAUAUUUAUGGUGUCCAAGGGAGAAACUCGUGCAGUCAGGAAUCCGCGGCUGUGAGACUCGAGCCACUGACUACUCUCAUUUUAAGUGUCCAGAUUGCCUAUUUCGGAGCCUUCGCAUCCGAACCUGUGUAAAUUAAUCGUUGUUCAGUUUUUGAUAUACUUUGUGCGCUUUUUAUCGUUUCGGGAUGCUUCUCUAGGGUUUUCGUUUGACGCAGAACCACACGAGUCUUGAACAGACACGUACAGUAUACUCGUAACAAACCAUAGUGACUAAUAUGCAGGCUUUGUUAUAAGCUAGCUACGCGACGUCGAUAACUCAGGGGAUGAGUAUCCACGCAAGAAAUGAGGUAGAUUGGUGGUUCCAACCAACUUUAGGAUGUAUUUGCUGUUCAUACGCUUUUCUAUAUUUCCUCAUCCCUCAGUCCGACAGGCCUGAACUAGGGAACUUUGAACAUGACUUUCUAAGUCGGCGCACUUUAGCAGUGAACUAAUCUGUAAGACUUUCCGAUGAUGGAAGCAGACUUUGAACUGGCGGUGGAAUGGCGAGGUUACUUGAAGGUGACUUGUAUGUCAUCCGAUUGACUGAGCUGGUUCUGUUUUCUCCUUAUUACCGAGUUUCUUAUGAGCAAAUCAUCCCUUUUUAUAUCCCCAAAAACCGAUGCCUUCCGAUGUUGGGUCCAUGUUAAACCUAAUGGAAGGCCUAUCAUUAACAGUAGAAGCAUUCUCGCAGAGUUGAUCUAUUUUUGAAAAAAAUCUACCAUGAUUUUGCUUGUGGUUUAAUUAUGGUUAUAAUUAUAAUUUUAAUCACUUAAAGCCCUUGUCGCCUGGCAGAAUUUCCCUGCUCUCACUCUGGGGAUUUUUCAUUGUCAUAAAAACGAUGCUCGUUAGGCGGCUAUGUAAUUUAUUCCACGAAAGCCACCCUAAAUUCGGUAAUUUAGACAUUUUUGUUGACUUCAGUUUUUUGGGGGAGGGUUGGGAGUGAGGGGAAUUCCCCCGUUCUAACGCCCUUUCUCUUUCUUUAUUCCAGUCUGCGUCAUAUUCUCUCCGAAGGCGUCGUCUGAGGGACAGCGAUGAAGUCCACUCUCACCUGGAUCGCAGACAGACUGCUCCAAAAACCUGCAGGUUCACUACAGGUGGUAGUCCAUGGACAGAGGACUCAGCCUCAUCCAAAGUAUCUGCUUCCGUGUCUUGGGCAUCUAGGGAACCUCGGUCUUCGCCCUCACACCGUCCCCCAGCUAUCUCCUCUGUGGGCGACUGGAACAGGGGUCGUGAGCAGUCUACAGCCUACCCCGUACAGUCUACUGCCGGGUCGUUUGUGGAUUCGCGCUCUAACGUCGUUCACUGCCCGCCACCCGAGCGUCACCAACAGCAACAACAACAACAUGGUCAUUCUUCAGUUGGGAACGCCAACGUCGCAGCACACGGGGACGUUUCACACACCUACCUCGGAGCGUUUCAACUAUCCAAUGACGCUGCCUCCACUUCCCCCUCCUCCGCCUCAUCUGUUACCAACACCACCUCUUCAACGUCAUUUCCGUCUCGACGCCCCUGCCCACGGGUGGAAACGCAGAUAAGGCAAAACAAUGCCCAGGCGAAUUUUGAUUUUCAACACAGCGGUCAAGGCAGCCUCGGAAGUAUUGUUUUGCCACCCCUAAACUCAUCUGGCGCUGAGACCACCUCAGCACAUUACUCAGUCGAGACUCAGCCUAAUUCAUCCACCUGGCAUGAGGAUUUCCUGGGAUUUGGUAGCGUUCUGCCAUGGCAAACUCUUCCCAAUGAGGAAGAUGCCAAAUUGAGUGUCGACUGUGAAACACCUGCAAUGAGCUUGCCAGGCGAUCUGCCAAUGACCAAGUCCUCCAGUCCGAUUUCCUUCAAUUUUAACUCGCACUCGACCGCCGAUCUCGAGACAUCCUCUGAUCUUAUCACACACUGUGAUACCUCCACCCUAAACCUUCAAACCCACGACAGUACGCCGACCGUCGACUCCGGUGUCGCCUCAUUGAUAAACCCAUCAGAUGGGUUAGACCUAGGACCUUUAGACUUGGAUUUUGACACCGUCUCCUCUGCUCUUAAUGAGAUGGUGGAGGCCAAUGGUCCCAUUCCCCUUGACAUUGAUUUUAGUCUCACAGCUGACCUAUCCAAUGCAUCAUCGUCAAACUUUCCUCAGAAGACGUCAAACGACCUUUCGGAGAGUGGAAGUCAACACGACGAAGGUGUCUAUGGACUAACAGGACCCGAGUACUCAAAUAAAUACAACUACCACUUUUCGGAAGAGUCACUUGUGCACAUCCAAAACACCUCAAAUAAUAUGUAUCCGGACUGGACCUCCGCCUACGAGACGUUGUAUGAGAAGAGUUUGUUCGACCUGAAUUCGAAAGCCUGA